UGAACGACAGUCAAGAUAACGAUUUAUUAAUAAAGCUUUUCGUUGAUUAAUACUGUUGAAUUUCCUAGUUAAUGCUACUAGAAACAUAAUGGUUUUUAUUUUCAAGUAAUAAUCACAUGAUUCAUACUGCAAACCAAAAAUUGUAGGAAAAAGUAUUCUCGAUUAUGUCUGUGACUGAAUUACCUGACCAAGCUGUUCCAUUACAGCAUCAAAUUGCUGGCCAUAGGCAUGAAAAAGGAAACUUCACUGGAAUGUUGAAGCAUAUUGAUGGUUUUGUUAUGAAACCAGUCCAAAAUAAUCAAAGAGGAAAAACCGAAAUAGAGUUUUACGAGCAAAUUUUUCAUUCUUCUCAUCCAACACUGUCAAAACUUAAGUGCUUCAUUCCCAACUUUUUUGGUUUGCAUCAAUUUGUUUCUGAUACAGCUGUUCAUUACUAUAUCAAAAUGGAAGACAUAGCUUCAGAUAUGUUGAAACCAUGCAUUGCAGAUAUCAAAAUCGGACGUCAGACGUGGGAUCCUUAUUCUUCUCCAGAGAAGCAAUUUGCAGAAAAUAUGAAAUACAGUGGUACAAAGCAACCACUUGCAUUUUGUGUACCUGGCAUGAAUAUCUAUGAUUUGGCAUCUGACCAAGUUUUAAAACUGGACAAACACUAUGGUCGUAGCCUAAAUAGUGACACCGUAAGAGAUGCUCUCCGGUUAUUUUUCAACAGUACAAAAGUGGUGGAAAAGCGAUUACUAGCAGAGAUUCUACGACAAUUGAACGCUAUUCGCAUGUGGUUCGAAGAGCAACGCCACUUCUUGUUCUACGCCACAUCUUUGCUUAUUGUAUAUGACGCAGAUUUGUUAAAAGAACGAAGCAGUGUUUUGAACGUACGCAUUCGCAUGAUCGAUUUCGCUCAUGUCUACCCAGCUCACAACUCCCGCGAUGCAAAUUACUUGGAAGGUCUUUGCAAGUUAAUUCAAAUAAUCAGUUCAAUUCAAUGAUUUUCUAUUCAUUCAUGUAAUAUAUGAGAAGUGCAAUGCAUGUCAGGUAUCUAA